AUGAAGACCGUCACUCUUCUCACGGCGGCCUUGGUUCCGCCAGUGAUGGCUCUUGUAACAUAUUCAUUUUAUUGGUGGUACAUAGGUAGAUUAGUCCCACUCAAGGAACGGUCCAUCGAGCCACCAAAACCACCAAGGUACCGCUUCCAGACGACUUCAAACAAUGAAGACGACGCCUCGACAUGUAAUAAGCCCAAUAACACCCUCUUCCCGCUACAACCUCCGACGAACGCCGCUCAAGCAUCGUCGCCUCUAUGCUCGCCGUCGGCGUCCCUGCCCACUCGCGCGUCACCUACCGUGCCCAGCCCGCAGGUUCCCCCAAUCGAUCUCAGCACAUUUGUCGUCGCCAUGAAUGGGCUACCUGAGUCCAUCGAUCAGAUCGACACGAGCUACUUGUUCCUUAUCAAAAGCCUUCACAUGCUGCAAAGCAAUGCACUGGAUCUCAAUCAAGAACCAGGCCAGUCGAUCUUGCGAUAUAUGCCCAAUGCCCCCGGCGGCCAAGGCGCCCAAUUCCUCACCUACCUCGAUGCCUACGCCUGUCUGCCCGAGUCUCGGCGGACCGAGACGAUGGAGGAGCGUGUGCAGCUGAUUCACCGGCUUUACGAUGAACUUCCUCAGAUCUCUCGCCGUGUCUUUGCUUCCACGCAGGGUUGGGAUACUAAUCCAUACGAGUCUACGCUGCUCAAGAUGAAGCUUCACGUCUACUCUUCCCGACUGAUCUUUCAUCCGCUCUGCGAGGAUUGCCUCGAGACUUGGAUUCACGCCGGUCAGGACAAUAGCCAUCGUUGUCCCAUGUGCCGGACAGAGCUGUUUGCCAAGCCAUCCUAUCAACAUCAGCCCCCGUCGCUGGAGGAGGACCGGGAAAAUGAGGACUUCGGUCGUGCGCCGGGACGUUGGAUUGAUCCGGAGCGGCUGGCAGAGCAGGAGGUGGACCGGGAAGAUCAGCAGUUCGAUGAGAUGUUGGAGCUAUGGUUACACGAAGCGCGGGAUGUUGAUACAUCGCUGGUUUGGCUUCAGCUGGAGAUUGAACUUCAUCAUCGGGUUGUUUCGACGGGGCAGUAG